AUGGACGAGGACGACUCGGGGAACGAGCGUCCAGUGAAGAAGCGUAAGGCAACAUAUCUCAUCAACAAGGAGAAGAAGGCGAGAUUGAGUCGAGAGGUGGAAGAACUGGAAGCUCAGCUGGCAGCAUUGAAAGAUCGAGUGGGACUUAUGGGAGGCCAGAGUCUUGAUAAAGUGGCGACCAGCAACGCGCGAGCGUCGCCUAAUCCGCUCUACUCUUUCAUCCACCUUGGAGUUGAUCAUGAGUCGCGUCGCCAAACACUCGCUGCUAUCCAAGAGCACAAAAUUCAGAACGGAGUGGACUAUUUGAAGGCCAAAAGCUGUCAUCUGGAUCUACUUCAGCCGUACAGUACGUACGAGGAGUUUGUAGAUGCGCAGGGGAAUUUGUGCUCCUCGCUUUUCAAUGUGACGCAGUUUAGAGGAGUCAACUCUGUGCGAGAAGUGUAUGAAGCAGCCAUGUUCCAUUUUUUUAACGAGGAGAUUUCCAUCUCCGAGAGACUGGGGUGCAUCACGGUGCGUGACGACUACGACACAGUCGGGGACCACUUCUGCAACUGUCGCUUGUCUGCUGCUGAUGAGGACGGCGUCCAGACUGAGCUGAACCUCGCGUCCUUUGCGCAAUACGUCGAUGCCGAGCAGUCGGAUACUAGGGAACCGUUUGCAGUUCUCGUGAGGGACAGCGUCGACGUAGACGAGUUGUAUCCGUACAGUCCAGACCAGUGCGUCCGCAAAGAGCAAACGGGUGCUAUUCUCUUGACGGCUAACAAGAGUGAAGACAGCGAAGAGGAAGAGCUCGUUGUGGUCAUGCGGUCUGCUGGUUUGGUGAAGAUCCACCGUCCGACAUUCUCCGUUUCUGAGCAAUUUCAACGAGGCCUGCUCAAGAGAAUGACCGCGACGUUUGAUGUUAUGAUAGCGUCCAUGCGAGGUGUCCUUUGUACCAGUCUCCAAGAGGUAUGA